GUGUGUUGGUCUGCACGACUUGCAGUAGUUUGCACGUGUACCGUAACGUCUUGUAUUAUAAAAUAUAUGCAAAUUGCAUACAAAAUUGACAAGAUAGAGUGUAAAUACUUAUUAAUUAAAUAUUCAACGCAGUUAUCGAAUAUCGUUAAAUUAUCGUUAAUUAUACAAACUAGUGAAUAUGACUUGUCAGUCGACGGAUUUAAUCGCAUCAAUCAUUGAUGAAAUUGCCUUGGAAGGGUUAGACGGUAUUACUUUGCAAGCGUUAUGGCUACGAUUAGCAGCAAGAUUUAAUGAUCCGUUGCCACUUCCCAAGGGUUUCAUGGAUCAAGUAUGGUUAAUAUGCAAAAAAGUGAAACACUUUUCAUUUUACGAAUUAGAAACACCAAGAGAACCACUUGUUUUGUUCAAUCGUUACGAUCAUGUGCAUCCUGAUUUUGGCAUCAUAUAUGAACCACCAGAUAUUCCACCAGACAUUUAUCCACAUUGUCCUAUUCAGGAUCGUAAAACAGGCGACAGAGGUUCUUGCUCUACAUAUUACACAAGAAAGAAUAUCAGAGAUGAGAUAAACAAUUUGAAUCUGGAUGAGGCGAUAGAAAAGUAUGGAAUGAAAUUGGUGAUAGUGGCUUCUCAGCAAGUUAGAAUGCGAGCUUUAGUGGGCAACACUGUAAGUCCAACGUUAGAAUUGACGCUCAUGCAUUACUGCUUUUUGGAGAGAGUCGGAAGAUCUCGCUACCAUGGCGAGGUGACUCAGGGCAAGCUUAGUUUAACCGCUCUCAAAUUGGAUCCAAAGAAAUUGUUUUAUCACCGAAAGAGUCUGCUUCAGCAUAAGCUGAUCACAAAGCAAGUUCACUAUCAGAAAAGCGGCACCUAUUGCGGAAGCGGCAGCUUGGUACAUCUGCCGCGUUUUUACGUGGAGCAGAAAUCUAAAUUGAUGUAUCUGGCGGAAAAGGUGAUUGAAAUUCUAAAAUCCAAACCUAACGGCACAGCCGAGUACGAGGAGAUCAAGAGAAAACUUGGUCUUGAACAAAUUAUGAAGAAGUUGUUCAAGACUUCGUUCUUCCAAAAAAUCAUAAAGUCGGACGAGUUUGUGCCGUAUAGGGAAAUGUAUCCCAAUGCUGCGCCCAACGAGUGGCAAAUGAAGAACGAUUCUUCAAGAGAAAAGAUGAUUAGGGUGGUGAAGAUGCUGCAUCAGGACAUUAAUGUCAACGAGAUAUGGAACAGAGAAGACAAAGAUGACGAAGAAAAUAACGUUUACUUGGAUGUGUCUCAUCACAAGUUUAACGUAUCUUACUUAAAGCAGACAAACGAUAUUAUAGAGAAAAGUGAAAUGGAAGGUAUAUCUCAAGGUAAAUUGGGAAAGAAAAUGGGUCUUACCAAACUACAAUCCAGGUCGACACUGAGAAAUUUAAUGAAAAGUAACAUUAUUGCAACGUAUAUGCAUGACGUGGGCCGUCAGAGGAUCACAAAAUAUGUAUCGCAAAAGUUUGAGAAAAACAGUAAUAUGAGCAAGCAAUACAACAAGGAGAUGCACAAAAUUAAGGAUUUGCUCACCGAGAAAGCAGCCAGCGAACGAGAGAACGAGAAUAAUCUGAAGAUUGACGAACCGUUGCAAGUGAAAAAUGAGAUUUUCGAAAAACCGAAAGACGAAUCAACAAACGAUCAGGCGUCUUGUUCGAAUGAUCGCGUUGAUCAGAUCGAUAAUGCAACACCGGUUGUAAACGAAGACAAAGAUAAAGACAAUGAUGAAGAUACGCGUUAUAAUGAGAGAAAGAUCACGGAGUUAAAAAGUUUAUUCAACACUGUUAACAGUAUUUUGCACAAGUAUCGAUGGUCAAAGUUUCGGUCUAAAUACAAGUGUACGUCAUUGAGGUUUACGUCGCGAAAAAUACAGAAUUCGAAAGAUGAUCGGAAGAAAGAUAACAUAUGUUCUUCCGACGCUUCGUCUGAACGCACGUUGUCGAAUUCUACAUCAACAAAACCACAAAAUUCUCAAGAUGAUAAGGAAAAGCAAAAAGCUCCAUCUGCAGACGUGCAAAAGUUCGCGGAAGAUCCCAAGACAUCGUUGCUUUACAACAGUAUAAAGAUCAAUUUGACAGAAAUAGCGCAGAAACCUGUUUUUGUCGGGAAAGGAGUUGGCAAAGCGUUCAGCUUUAAGGAAGUUUUUGAAAGCAAGAAUAAUAAGGGAAAAAAUCGCCAUAACAUUUCAGCCAGGAUGUUGCGACGUGCUAAUAUGAUUAUCGAAGCGGUGAAAGAGCACCAAGUAAUCGACGAUACGAUGAAACUCUUGAGAAUGAUUUACAAGGAGGAGAGGAAAGAGGGAUAUCACAAGAAGAUAGACAAGAAAUCUCUCAUCAGACUGCUGCUGAAACUCGCCGCGGAUAAUCUGGUAAAGACCAUUAAGCUGACCUUGAGCGCGAACGGGCGUGAGAAAAAUUUGACUUUCAUCUGUGAUCCAAAACUCGAUAUUAAUCACACCGUGAUCAAAUCGGCUAUUGAGCAGGCGAAAUACAAGUUCUGUGUGCUAGCGUCUCACAAAGCAAAGAUAAUUGAAAAAAAAAUGAAGAUGCUUGCCACCAAGAGUAAGAGAGGCAAGUCGAUAGAACCUAAAGAUUCCAAAGAGCGAUUGCAAGAUUUAUCCAAGUCUGCGAAAGAGUCUAAGGACAUGUUGAACUUGAAGUACGAUCCCAAAGCUGGCAAGCGCUACGGUCUCAGUCCAAAGUGCAUCAGGCUGCAGACGAUGCACAUUCUGCUUUUCUAUCUGGUUUACGAUCAUCCAGGAACGCCCAAGUUAUCUCAGGAGGAACAGCUGCAAAUUCUUAGAUCCAGCGGUUUUCAAAUCGACGACAGUCUUGCCAAGGAAUUCAGCACCAUUUACAGCACCGAAGUAAACUGGAAGAUGUUUCUUCCACCUUUGCCGAAGCACAACGGAUGGCCUGACGGUUGGGCGUUAAUGUGUGAUGUUCUGCUCGGAAUUCCUUUGUCGAUGUUCGUUAAAGUGCACAACAUCGCGUUCGAUAUACCAGAAUUGUACCACUACUUAAAUCAUCCGAUCAGGAAGCACUAUCUCGUCAAGAAUCUACCGAUGUCUAUUCGGAGCAUUCUCCUGUACUCACGGAAAUACAUAUUCAGCAUCCACGAUACUAUAAUAAGAUUAGGCUACAUCGGUUUGGUGCAAUUCGGCCCGCAGCGGCUGAAGGACAAAGACCAGGUGUUUAUUUACAUAAAUCGACGCACGGAACUGAUGGAUACGGUUUCUUCCGCGCCUGGUUAUCACCAGAUCGAGGAGAAAGAGUAUCCCUCGACCACAUAUUACUUUGAUUGCACACAGGUUGUUGAAAAAUAUUGGUACGACAUGUGGACGAUAUGUGUCAAUACGCCGCUGGGCGGGAGAUGUGUGAUGCACGGCAAGGACAUCCUGCUUGAGGAUAUUACCAAGAAAACUGCCAUGAUAGAGGCGGUUGCGGCGCGUAACGCGGAGGAGGCUCCGGAGAGAGAUACCGGUACCGUUCCCGGAGAUCGUAAAGGAGCGGCCGGUAUUGAUUCAGCUUUUUUCGCGCAUCUAAAACGCAACUGGAAUUGGUCGUCCAAUUAUAACACUUCUCACCAGACCAAGAAUGUUGCUGCACAGUCUACAAUGGGACAACGUGAUCUGCACUUGUCGAAGAUACAAGCGAAGCCGAUUAAGUACGACAGUCUGAAGAAAGUUACCGUAUCGCCUAAUAAGCCGUCGUCUAAUAUUAGCGCGCACGAACUGCGAAAGAAGGUGUUCGAUCAUUUCAACGAAUUUGGACGGAGAAACGAGCUCUUGAGGUCGUGUCAAUCCGGCAAACAGAAAUCCUUUGUGCGGCGAAUGAUGCCGCGCAAGAGGAGCGUUCAACCGCGUCUCAAAUACGACGAGGACGAUUACCAGGCGAUGCAACGAAUGAACAAGUUGCGGGUGGAUUGGGAUUCGCACGAGGACAAUAUUCUGUUGGUGUGCAAGGUAGCGAUGAAGUAUCUAUCGCCGAAUCCGCGCAAACAGGUGAUCGGGUUUAUAGCGGUGCGUGACGUGUUGCGGACGUUCUCCUACAACUCGUACAACAAGACCUCGCGCGCUUGUCAACGCCGUAUACUGUACAUGAUGAAGCAGCCGCGUACCGCGAAUUACGUUGCGCUGGGUGUCGAGGAGAUCAAGCAGGACAGAUUUGUCAACAAACAAUACGGCGGCGUGGUGAGCAAACUGAAGGAUGAGUGCGCGAAUUCGGCGGAAUUCGAGAAGCAAAUUACGGAAGUUUUUAAAGAACUUGUCGGCUACAUCAUAAAGAAAUAUUACAACAUCGCGGAGAUCAAACCGAAGAAGCACGCGGCAAUGCCGAAGACUGCGCAAGAGUUCAAUCUUCUCUUCGAAGUGGUCUAUCCGGCAAAACAUCAUAACGAGGAUUUAACAAAGGACGUGCGAAACGUGAAUGAUAUUUAUUCGGCAGUCAUCAAUUCUAUCAUACACAGUUCCAUGUGCUGCGGAAAAGACAGACGUUGUUGGUCCUAUCAACUUUUCAAGGUAUAUCAACAUUAUCCAGAGACUCUGCUGAGACAAGCAAUGACCAAGAUCAGAUCAGACCACAUAGUGACUGUGAAGAAACAUCACUUGUCGUCAGUGAAGAAGUUUGGUAACUACAUGCCGAUGAGCAGCUCGCAGUACCAAUUAAGUCUAAAUUACAUAUACAAAUUCCAAACAAAAUGGCCUUACGAAGUGUUUAAAGAAGCCUAUGACAUUUACGCGAAAUUACUCGAGUGGUAUUCGGGACUUAAAGACGUUCCCUUGCACGAGGAAGAAGUGUUUGCUGGUGCUGAGAUUCGGACGCUUUCCGGCGGCAUGACCAUCGUUUUGCACGAUCUUCUCGCGAACAAUCAAAUCGACUUCGACAUGGAAUUGCCGGAUCAGGUGAUUAUGCUGGACGCGAGAUAUCAGGGCGAGACUUACUUCAAGGUAGCACAGAAGUAUCAGGAUAUUUUGAAGAGACUCUACCGCUUCAAAUACGAAAAUCCAGACGCUGAGAAUGUCGAGGUUUCGGAAAUUGAAACGCGUGGAACGCGGAAAGAUUCUUCAAACAGGAAGAGACUUCUCGGGGAUGACAAUUCUGAAGAAACGAUUCCUCCGAAGAUGCCUCAUGUGGUCGAGAAAUGUGACAAAAGAAAAUCGACAAAGAGAUGUCGGUUUAGUGAAACUGACACAGAGAAAACAUCAAGUAAUCGAAAGAUCGAGCUUGAAGAAUCGACCUCGAAAGAUCAUUCCAGCGCCGACGAACAAACUAAAGAAGCAAAUUGUUCCUCGAGAAAGAGACAUAUCGAUAUCGAAGAAGAUUCGAUGGACGGCGACGAGCCGUUCGCAAAGAGAAUACGGCGAAAUUCCGAGGAGUGCAUCAAUAUAGAUUACGUGGACGAGGAAAUGGAUUCGUGCGAGGAUCUCGAAAGUUUCGGAAAAGACUUAAACGUAAAACUUUGCGAACCUCUCGAGUCUUUGAAGGUAGAAUUGAAUGAAGAAGUGAAUGAAGAAACGGCGUCAACUUCUUCGACGCAGUUGGACAACGCGAUCAAUCUGACCUCGGCGCCUCGACGCGUUAACGAGAUAAUAAAUAACGUGCUGCCCGAAGCGAGUUACUUCAAUUUUUACAGCAAACUCGACGCGAGCGAUGCUCAGAAGAAGUACACCAGAAUAGCAAUGCUGAGAUUGAAGAAAGAUCUGAACAAUUUCACGGUAACCGACAGCCAUCACGCGCACGAGUACUUUGUGGUCAAUACCUUCAGAAUGUUUUACAAAUUGAAGACCUCGUCGCUGAUUGAGUCAAACGACGUUGAAAGGUUCAGAAAUUACUCAAUACCCAGUCAACUUGUGCCGCUUAGAAUUGAGAGUAUCAACAAUCUUCUCACCAAGUUGAAUAAAUACGCCAUUUUUCCGAGAAACGGCAUUUCUUACAAGAACUGUAAGGAGCAAAUGAGAACGAGGGAGGAAAUGUCGGAAAUCGAGCUUAAAUAUAUCGACGCGGUGCACGAUUUUGUCCAAGAGAAAAAAGAAAUGGGAGUCAGUUCGCAUGAAUUACUGGACAAGUUCUUUGACGAGCAAGGAGAGGAUUUGUACAAAGUUGUUUCGCUCCUGAUUGAAAAUCGUGUAUUUUUGCGUUCUGGCGUCACCAAUUCACGUUACAUUCAUUAUCAAUAUGUAGACCCUUGGUUGACUCACUCCUACAAGAUAAAUCGCCACGAACAAGAGUCCUUGGUGUCGUUUAAGGACAGCAUAUACGCGACGAUGUAUCACAAAAAAACGACCAUUGAAACGGAACGGAACAAAGAGAACAGUGAGAACCACGUAGCCGAAAUAAAUAUUGAAACGAAACAAAAUGGCGAAGAAAAUGGCGAAAACCACUUGGUUGAAAUGGACAUUGAAACAAAACAAAACGGAGAGAAUAGCGAAAACCACGUACUUGAAAUGGACACUGAAGCGAAGCGGAGUCACAAUGUGAAUAACGUUAAUCACAUAAUUGAAGCGGACAUUGAAACGAAACGGAACGAAGAAAAGUGCAAAAUACACGACGAAGAAAUGGAUAAUGGAUUUAAUGUUUUAAAUAAUAGGGAAGAGGAUAAGAAAGAAAGCGAGACUGGUAAAGAGAAGGUCACACGUACAAGUAGAAGAAUAUACAAGUACAGAGCGUGUUUGUCUCCGGAAGAGGAUUUGUACAAACCCACGCAGCAAUUGGACUUCACGAGGUAUGAGGACAUAACAGUAGUGACAAAGCCGUGGAUUCGUAUAGACGGCUUGCUGAAUCGCAAGGUGCUGGAUCGCAUGCUGGGAGCGGUCCUGAGUUAUUGCUUGCUUCAUCCCGGACUUCUCAUGACUAAAGUACAAACUAGAUUUAGUCCCGCCCUGCAACCUUUUCACACGCGCGAGCUGGUUGAGAUACUAAUCAAACUGGGUUGUUUGGAGAGCAAACACUUGAAAAAGACACGUGUUACAUUAUUUUCUCCGCCGGCUGAGGUUAAGAUCAGUAAUUUAACUGCGGACACAGUUGCCUGGUCCUCCGAUGACGAAGUGAUGCUGGAACCUACGACAACCGCUAUCCUGAGGUUCAGUACAUUUUUGAGCACAAGAACGUACAGCACGGAUUUUAUACCGUAAUUUUUUUACGCGCGUGCGAACGCGCUUUCUAGCCGCACUCUUAUCCUGUAACUUUUAAUGAAUGUCUCACAUCACGUGUCUCACGAACAUAAAACAUGUUUUUACGAAUCUUUGUGCAGACUGUCGCAAAAUAUGCUGCACAACGUUACCGUGAUUCACACAAGUACAAAACAACAGAGUUUGUUUAACAUUUAUAAUAAGCUUAUCGAAUAUGCUGAUUCGUAUUUUAUACAAAAAAGUUUCCCUUAUCAAAUUUUGUAUUUAUAUGUUUCUUCCGGUAGAAAAUCUUGCAAUUUGUAAAAAAAUGUUUUCUACACUAGUAGGUGCGCCAAUGUAAUAUACAAGGCUGUGAUAUUAGCUAAGUAAAAAAUGAACGUAUAUACAUGUAUGUAAUUGUAAUUGGAGAAGCAUUAUACGAGAGGUACUUUUGCACACAUUGUUAUAGGGACGUUCACAAAUUCACGGCCGUUACUCAAAAUGACGUGUUUCCGAGAUCAUUUUAAGACAAAAAUCCUAAAUAACAAAUUGUCGAGGAUAUAAUAAAUUUUGCGAGUUUAUAAGCGUUUGAAGGUGAUGAAUGAUUUACGUUUUGCGCCUUUACUAUAUACAUAUACAUAUAUAAUAUGUAUAUAUUUAUAUACUAUAUAAUAUGUGCAAUCAUAUACAGGGU